AUCUCGCCCCUCCCCGCCGCCGGCUCGCAGAAUAAAACGCUGAUCUCAUGCCCUGCGCGGCCGGAGCCCUUGGCUCAGCACCGGGGCUCGCACCCAGGCAGGCUCCGCCGCCCCAGCCGCCGGCCAGCCCCCCGCCAUGACGUCCUACCGGCAGGAGCUGGAGAAGUACCGGGACAUCGACGAGGACAAGAUCCUGCGGGAGCUGUCGGCCGAGGAGCUGGAGCAGCUGGACGUGGAGCUGCUGGAGAUGGACCCCGAGAACAUGCUGCUGCCGGCGGGGCUGCGGCAGCGGGACCAGACGCGGAAGAGCCCGACGGGGCCGCUGGACCGCGAGGCCCUGCUGCAGCACCUGGAGAAGCAGGCGCUGGAGGCCGGCGAGCGCGAUGACCUGGUGCCCUUCACCGGCGAGAAGAAAGGGAAGCCCUUCGUGCCCAAGAACCCGACGCGGGAGAUCCCACGGGAGGAGCAGAUCACGCUGGAGCCCGAGCUGGAGGAGGCGCUGGCCAACGCCACCGAGGCCGAGAUGUGCGACAUCGCCGCCAUCCUGGGCAUGUACACGCUGAUGAGCAACAAGCAGUACUACGACGCGAUCUGCAGCGGGACCAUCUCCAACACGGAGGGCAUCAACAGCGUGGUAAAGCCCGACACGUACAAGCCGGUGCCGGAUGAGCCCCCGAAUCCCACCAACGUGGAGGAGACGCUGCGGCAGAUCCAGGCCAACGACGGGGCUCUGGAGGACGUCAACCUCAACAACAUCAAGGACAUUCCCAUCCCCACGCUGAAGGCCAUCUGCGAGGCCAUGAAAACAAACACCCACGUCAAGAAGCUCAGCCUGGUAGCCACCCGCAGCAACGACCCCGUGGCCAGCGCUGUGGCCGAGAUGCUGACGGAGAACAAGACCCUGCAGAGCCUCAACAUCGAAUCCAACUUCAUCACCAGCGCUGGCAUGAUGAGCAUCAUCAAGGCCAUGUACAACAACACCACCCUGAGCGAGCUCAAGGUGGACAACCAGUGCCAGCGGCUGGGCGACACGGUGGAGAUGGAGAUGGCCACCAUGCUGGAGCAGUGCCCGUCCGUCGUGCGCUUCGGCUACCACUUCACGCAGCAAGGCCCCCGCGCCCGCGCCGCCACCGCCAUCACCAACAACAACAAGCUCCGUCGCAAGCAGAAGAAAACCUAACGCCCCCGCGGCACGGCACGACGACGGAGCUCCAGCUCCUGCUGCCCGGCGCCGCUGUAAAUAAAAGAGACGGAGAGACGCGG